CGUCCAGCCAGCCGUUCAUUAUACGAUUGUUGGCAUCGAGUAAAGAAGUAAAAGUGCAAGAGAGAAGACGUGAAAAAGUUUUUGCUAGUGAAAAAUAAAAAAUCCUACAAAUUGAACGGCACAGCAGAUUAGCAGUGGAAAAAUCGCAAAAUUCAAGCUACUCCUGUGUCUGAGCAAAAUCGGAACGACGCAUACGACUGCAUCAAACCUGCAGGAACAUUUCGGUGUUCGAACCAUCCUUUGCGGGACACUGUCCUCCGAUAGUGCUAAUCUGCAACCGCCCAGACGCGUUGUCGGCAAAACUGUGAUCCUCUAAUAACGAAAAGUUCUCUGUCGAAUCGAAAUCGUUGACAUACAAAUACUACAGACAUUCAGAGCACAACCGGACCCAGCCGACGUUUUGUGUCGAGUUUGAGGUAGCUCAUCAACCAAUUUAUUGAAGAAAAAAUAGCACAUUCAAUUGUACAGAUAAACAAAGACUUAUCAAUCGUAAAUUCAUACAAAGUGCAUGGUGUUAAAAUUUUUUUUAAGUGAUAAGAAGAGACGAAACCGAUUGAAGCAAAAAAGAAGAAAGAAGUGAAAAGAAGAGAGCAAGACUUUUUAAUUUAUUAUUUAUAUAUUAGCUGUAAAAAAGGUAAAACACGAAACAAAAUCAAGUAAAAAGCGGUAUAACAAAGAGCGGAUCCAACGAAACGUUAGAAAGCGAAUGAUAACAAGAUAACAGAAGUCACAAAAACAUAAAAUAGUGAGUUGGAUAUCGUUGUUUCCUCAAAGAAGCAACCGAAAACGGUCAUCAUCCCCGUGAGUCAUUUUAGACUGCUGGAAAAGCGACGCAGUGACGUUUGUAGCAUAAGUGUAAAAAGAAUCAAUUUGUAAGCGCAGAAUACCGGUAGAGUAAUAAGCCAAGCUAGACGUACUCUACUUCAAUCAUCAUGAUGACUGAAACGCUGAAUUCUAAUAAUCAUCUCAGCCAAAAGGGCGAGAACAAAAUGGAUGACAUGGGAUGGAAAGCCAAACUCAAAUUACCGCCCAAAGAUAAUAGAAUUAAGACAAGUGAUGUAACGGAUACUCGUGGUAACGAGUUUGAAGAGUUUUGCCUGAAGCGAGAGCUGCUGAUGGGUAUCUUCGAGAAAGGUUGGGAAAAACCGUCGCCAAUUCAGGAAGCAGCCAUCCCGAUCGCACUAGUGGGUAAGGACAUCUUGGCGAGGGCUAAAAAUGGUACCGGAAAAACGGGCGCGUACAGCAUUCCUGUACUAGAGCAAAUCGAUCCCACCAAGGAUUAUAUCCAGGCAUUGAUCAUCGUGCCCACUCGUGAGCUGGCACUGCAAACAUCACAGAUUUGCAUUGAACUCGCGAAGCACAUGCAUAUCCGGGUAAUGGUGACUACUGGUGGAACCAAUCUCAAGGAUGAUAUUAUGAGAAUAUAUCAGAAAGUUCAAGUGAUUAUUGCUACGCCCGGUCGUAUUCUGGAUCUAAUGGACAAGGAGGUGGCAAAUAUGGCCAACUGCCGUAUGUUAGUAUUAGACGAAGCGGACAAACUGCUGUCGCAAGACUUCAAGGGCAUGCUGGAUCAUGUCAUAAUGAAAUUGCCAAAAGAGCGCCAGAUUUUGCUGUUCUCGGCGACAUUCCCACUGAGCGUGAAGAACUUCAUGGAAAAGCAUCUGCGCGAGCCAUACGAGAUCAACCUGAUGGAGGAGCUCACCCUGAAGGGUGUCACACAGUACUACGCGUUCGUCCAGGAGAGGCAGAAGGUGCACUGCCUUAACACCCUGUUUUCCAAGCUCCAAAUCAACCAGUCGAUCAUCUUCUGCAAUUCGACACAACGUGUCGAACUGCUGGCGAAAAAGAUUACCGAGCUUGGCUACUGCUGUUACUACAUCCAUGCCAAGAUGCAGCAGGCGCAUAGAAAUCGCGUUUUCCAUGACUUCCGAUCCGGACUGUGCCGGAACCUGGUCUGCUCUGAUCUCUUCACGCGAGGUAUCGAUGUACAGGCUGUGAAUGUUGUUAUUAAUUUCGAUUUCCCGAAAAUGGCAGAGACCUACCUGCACAGAAUUGGCCGAUCCGGACGUUUCGGACAUCUCGGUAUCGCCAUCAAUCUGAUCACCUACGAAGAUCGAUUUGAUCUUCACCGUAUCGAAAAAGAGUUGGGCACCGAAAUCAAGCCCAUUCCGAAGGUGAUUGAUCCUGCCCUUUAUGUGCCUCGACCAGAGGAUCAAAAUAGCACACAGGAAGAACAGAACAUUAGCAAAUAAGCCAUCAAUAGUUCCACUAGGCAGUCAUGUAGUACAUCGCUCGACUCCGCCGGUGAUUGCUUUAGGCACUGUCCCUAUGAAUCUGCCCGACCGAAAUUUUAUCAGCCAUAGGUUGAUCUAGCAGUUAAUCCGUAUAAACCCACAAAAAAAAUGAGCCAAGAAGAAUAGGAUCCGGGACAGCAAACAAUAUCCACCGGGCAGUCGGGGAUGUACUUCGUAGCUACAGACACAACUACAACAGAGAAAUGGAGUCUUCAAAUUAUUACAAUUUUUGUUCAACGGAAGGAAAACUUUUUUUAAGAAUCGUUCUUUUGGGAGAAGGAAGAUGCUGAUGAAUUCAAACAAAAUAUCCACAAACUUAAACUACUAUACUAUCGUGCGAAAGAGGCGUAUUGGAAUGGGAGUGUCCGUCGAGAGGAUUAGGAGUGAUCGAGGCCAUCGUGUGAAUGGAUGUGUGCUAGAGCAAAAACGCGUGGAAUCAACCAUCAUCGCUGUGUACAUUUGAAAAAGAGAAACAAGGAGUAGAAUAACCUUCAGCACUUUUGUAUCUCGACUAUUGGUAGACGAAACUAAUAAUAGAAAGCAGGACAUACUGUAAGCGAAUGUAUCUCGGCACUGUCCUAACCAUUCAGUGUACGAGCUUAGCGCUCUUGUAAAUAGAAGAACAGGAACAGCAAAUUCGACGCGAAACCAAGAAUUCAUACCGCCGUCGACGAUUCGGUUGGAAGCAUCGUCAUAAGUGUCGAGAUAUAUUACGCUUUCCAUCACAGUGAGCACUUUCUGCAACAAUUUGAACAACAACGGCACUCAACUACAGUAAAACCGAGCGAGGAAACAGGAGCUGCUUUACAAAAAUUCGGAACAGCGAACUUUGAACGGUAAAAGGCAAGUUUUUUAAACAGUGAAGAAUUGAAAAAGGAAAAUACACAAACAACAUAGAAUGGCAGAUCAAUGUGGAAUCGUUCAUUGUAUACAGCUACUGUUAACGACCUUAAUUCCCUUAUCUUAAAUGAAUUAACAUGUCGUUGCGGUUUGUAAAGGAAGCGCUUCAUACUCGCAGUCCAAAAAGGCAGAACACGGGCUAAAUCUACUGUCUUCGUCCUCAUAAAGUGCAGCGUAAAAAGUCAUUCUGAACACAUUUAUUUUGUUGGCUUUUUGUUUCGUUUACUAUUUUUGCCGGAAAAUGAAUUCGAGUUCAACUUUCAUAUACUCCCAAUAUUUUUUGCGAAACGUAUAAUGCGUUUCUUUGUUCACGAUGGAAGGUCGCAGGUUGGCAUUAUUUGAAUAGAUGAAAGACGAUAAACAUUUCUUAAAUAGUAGGUAAAUUCAACUGAUCCUAAUGUUCAAGUACGUAAAUGCGCGACCUUCCACCGGGUUCUUAUACAUCUUAUUAAAACAAUGUAAACAUUUUGAACCAGUUACAGAUUCUAUCAUUGUUUCUAAAUUUGCAUCCACCAAACUUACUGAGUGGUUUUUACUGUUACAAAGGGAUAAAUUUAUUUUACCAAUCGUUCUGCUCUUCCAAGCAAGACUGGUUUGAUGAAAUUUUAAUGUAGACAUCCAAAAUAAUCUACUGGAGCAGUUCGUUUGAAAUUUUGCAGAUUCUAAAGCUGAAAAGACCAUUUUUCUUGGAGAAGUUUGAAAAGCUCUUUCCGACUUUAGGAACUGAUUAUUAGAAAGAAAAUUAUCGCUUUUGUACGGAUGGUUUCCGGAUUCAUUUCAUUAUUCUGAUAAACUAAAAAGCAUGUUUGCUGCGGAAAUAGCCAACGAUAUCAACUGAGCUGGACAUCAACGUAUGGUUAGCGUAUUUUUGAUUGAUGUCUAGAUCAGUUAUCGCGCUGUUUCGAUGAUCAAUUUAUAGGUUAAGAAUAGAGAAACCGAUCCUUCGUUUAAGAAGAAUUGGUUCCUCGGUGAGAAGUACGCAGGAUUACAAUAACAUUCGAACAGCGGAUGUGCUCAUGCCGUUUCACAUUCGAACUCAAUUAGCUUUCUCAAGUAGCAUAAUUUUCGCUGUUCUGCGUACGACCAAAACGAAAUCAACCAGCAGGUGUUGACCGUUCUAUCUAAACCCUUGCAGCGGCAGCACUCAAAAAAUAAUAGGUGUAUUCAAAACGAAAUUAUUUGAUUUUUUCAAUCUUGAUGGGAAUCUUUCAAAACAUUUUCCCAUUCAAGCGAUACUCAAUGGAUGGCAUUUUAAAAUUACAUUUGAAAAAAAAUGGGGAAUACUCCCACAGAUGUGAUAAAUCGUUUUCAGAAUUAUUCCUAGUAGAAUUAGUACAUCAAUUGGCGGAAUAAGUUAAAAGAAUGCAUGCGAUUGUCGAAUGUGGAUCGUAUAAUUCGAAUUUACGUAUAAACUGUGAAAGCGUCAUAACACCAUCGACGUCCUAGAAUCUCCGGUACGUAAAUUUGAGUUACAGUUAUUGAAAUUGUCAUUCUCGACUUUUUGAAAAUAGGAAAGCAACAUUAACAGGGUGUCCCCCUUGAUUGUUCAGCAAGGGAAUAACGAAGCAAUCGAAUAUUUAAUAUCUGAGACAAUGGUAAAUCCAGGCAAAUCAAUUGUGAUCUCUAUGAAUAAAACAAAUUAUAGGAAAAUACAAGUCACUCCCUCUUUUGUACUUUUUGCCUUAAAAGUUUUAUGAUUUUUUCUUUCCAUUAUGUGCAAUCUACAUUUUUAUUUUCAGUAUUUAAAAGCAUUGACUGCCACUGUUUCGUACUAGAAGUUUUUACAAACGGUAGUUUCUUUAAACAACAACAGAUAACUGAAAAUUCAAAAUAAAAAUCCUUGUGUUAAGAUACAUUAUAAUAGCAUUUGUCUUGUUUUGAGUUAAAAAUCUAUUUUCACCUUUAAAGUGGAUGUGCAAAUAAGAGAGUUAGACCGGUGAAGAGAAAACAAUUACUUCAUAUAGUACCUGUUAUUUACACGAACUAAGAAGAUAAAUGCCAGAAUAGAAGAUAUUCCUAGUGGGUACCGUACAAGUCCGACGAACAGACUACAUCGUUGCCUCAUCCAGGAAAAAAAGACGGAGAUUCGCCACAAAUCAAAGCCAAGUUUUUACCCCCCUUCAAUUGAUCUUUUCUCACCGUUUGCCUUACGUACGGUUUUCUAGUAUCAAAAUUCCUGCAUAGCGACGAGGGUCGCUUUCAAUUUCAGGUAUGCGCCAAAUUUGCUCAAAGAACAGUUAACAGUUAUUACUAUAGGUGAGAAACCUCUACAUGAACCAAUCCAUCUUCGAUCAGAUUACUUCUUGUGUCCGGGAUAGCAGUUUUGAUUGGCUUUGAUUUGUGAGAUGAAAAUUUACAAAAAAAAAAAAACAGAAACAUUGUGAAUUGAUAAAAUUAGUUCUAAAUCUAUUUCCUAUAAUUUCAAAUAGAAGUCUAAGGAACAAAAUCAAACAAGGAAAGCGACCGAAGCGAUGUGUGAAAACAGAUGAAAUCACUGUACCUGAUAUUUGUUAUUGUGAGAAAUAUGUUUAGAAAAGAUUUUAGAUCAAAGCAUGUGAAAAAAGAACAAAAAAAA